AUGUCGAUGACGGCGCAGUCCCUGAAUAGCCCCAUCCCGAUAGCAACGGCUCCACCGUCCUCCCCCGGGAAGCCAAAGCGGGUGCUUGCAUGUGUCCUCUGCCAGCAGCGAAAGGUCAAGUGCGACCGCAUCUUCCCUUGCGCAAACUGUGUCAGGUCUCGAGUCCAAUGUGUUCCCAGCCCCUUACUUAAGCGACGACUGAGGCGAAGGCCCCCACAGAAAGAGCUCCUGGAGCGCAUAGCCAAGUACGAAGAUUUGCUCCGUCAGAACAACGUCAAGUUCGAACCACUCCACAAUGAUAUUGGAUUGGAGAAAGGGAAAUCCGUCGCCGGGAGUGGCUACGGCUCUGACGGUGAGCCUCCAGAAAAUAUGGACUCGGAGAUGCAAACUCCCUCGACCACCAGCAGGUCCGGAAGAAGUUACGGAGUCAAAAAUGUAUGGCAUGUCAUGAGUCAAGGGUUCCGAGACUCUGAUAGUGACAGCGCCGCCUCUCAUGAAAAUGAGCUUGAAAGCGCUGUGAAAGACGUGUACGAUCAAUCAGUCGUAAGCGAUGAUAACCUUUUGUUCGGUGCCCGUGGCCCAGCAGUCAACCUUUCCAGUCUACAUCCCGACCCAGUUCAAGUCUUCCGGCUGUGGCAGAUCUACUCGGACAACGUAAACCCGCUGCUCAAGGUUACACACACUCCCAGCCUGCAGGGACGUCUCAUCGAAGCUGUCAGUGACAUUUCCAAAAUCAGUCCAACCUUGGAAGCAUUGAUGUUCAGUAUCUACUGUGUGGCGAUCUCGAGCCAUGCGACCGAAGACUGCCAGCGACUUUUCGAGUGCCCGAAAGAAGAUCUUUUGAUGAGAUAUCACUAUGCCUGUCAACAGGCGCUGUUAAAUUGCUCGUUCUUACGAACCAACGACCGUGAUUGCUUGACUGCACUAUAUCUCUACCUGUUCAUUUCCUCAGUCCCUGUCAUCUGUGCUUGCUGUGGUAAUUCGCAUUGCCCAACGCAUGGGUAUCCAUACGAGACCACAAACUCCAGGACUGCAACGCUAGAUCCGACAUGGGACUGCAAAGUUCCCCUCAAUGUGAACGACUCUGACCUGCAGCCGGAUAUGAGGAGACCGCCAGUGACGCAGGGAAAUACCACCGAAGCACUUUUUGCUGUCGUUCGUUGUGAACUGGGUGAAGUGAUCCGCCAUUCCUCGACCCAUCUCGAUUUUACUACCCCAGCCCUGAAGGUUAACGUCAUUACUGCCCAGAGCGAGGCCGAAGGAGAUGAAACUGAGCUAGUCAGGCUGGAGAAGAUGAUUGAGGACCGGUACCUCAGGCACUGUGACCAAGAGCACCCACUGCAGUUCAUGACGAUGUGGACGACACGCGCUCACCUGGCCAAAUAUCGCCUUCUGGAACAUCAGUCUCGGUAUUUUGGAUCAUCCUCACGACAGACAAAUGCGCAGCGACACACCGCCACUUCUUAUGCGCUCACAAUGCUUGAAUGCAACACCAAGCUCAUGGCGUCACCGCUCACCAAGAGAUUCCGUUGGCUCAACAAAUUCUACUUCCCAUUCCCUGCCUACAUCCAAAUCGUGCAAGAGUUGCGAAGCCAGCCGCUGAGCAGCCAGGCCUGUCACGCCUGGGAAGUCAUGAGUGACAAUUACAGUGCGUGGUUCGGGCCUCACUUUCGGGAAGACAGUCCUUUCUUCCGCCUCUUCACCAAGUUGGUACUGCAGGCAUGGGAGGCGUACGAGGCAGCUCCCAAGCGACCUGAAGAUGUCUUGAUGACAGAGCCAAGAGUCGUCUCCUCCAUCAAGCACGCACUCUCACAAAUAGCCCUGCGUGCCAGGGAUGUCGAUACCGGCCUGCCGAGCAUGCUGACGAGGAAUCCCAACAUUGACGAUGGUGGUGGCGUAAUAAUGCCAAGUUCGAUGCACAUCACGCCGACGCCGACGCCGACGCCCAUGGGGAUGGGGUUCUGGGACCACGGCAUGCCUUAUAAUAACAUCAGCGACGGCGGCAACAACAACGAGAUACAGGAUGAUUUCGCCCUUUUCAGUGGACAGAUGGACGCGAAUAUCAAUAUGGCAGGGCAACCCGGACACCUCGACCCCUGGAACUGGACGGGAUUCGGCGGACAGCCUGGCUGGGAGGGUGUUUGA